AAUGGGACUACAACUCCCAGAAUCCCCCGGGGAAGUAGGGAGGAUUCUGGGAACUGUAGUCCCCCAGCCCUGCCUCCGCCUCCGUGUCCCUUGCACCCGUCCUCUCCCGCAGCUGAAUCCAAGAGCCUCGGGGUGGGGUGGGGGUGAGAGGAGACAAGGGCGCGGGGCGUUUCCUGGUAGGAUCGGGGCCAAGGAAGUGGCAGGGAAAGGGAUCCACUUGGUCUCCCACCCCGGUCCGCUCGCCAUGGCCUCUGCUUCGGGCCACCUGGCGGAGGUGCAGUGCCGGGUGGCUGAGCUGCACCGCGGCACCGAUCCGGAGCAGCAGCGGCGCUUCUACGACGGCUGGGCUCCGCAGUACGAGCAGGAUGUUGGCGUUUUGCAGUAUCAGGCCCCCAAGUUGGCGGCUGCCUGCCUAGCCUCCGUCUUCCGGGGACCCCCUGAGGAUGCGGUGGUCCUAGACGUGGCCUGUGGGACUGGACUCGUGGCCCAAGAGCUUCAUGCCAAGGGUUUCCGCCACUUUCACGGCGUGGACGGCAGCCCGGGGAUGCUGGAACUGGCACGUCAGAAGGGAUUAUACCAGGAAUUGAAGCAGUGUCUCUUGGGCCAAGGGUCCUUGCCAGCUCCAGAAGACUAUUACGACGCCGUUGUGAUCGUGGGUGCGCUCAGCGAGGGACAGGUACCUGCCGAGGUCUUUCUGGAGUUGCUCCGUGUCACCAAACCAAGGGGCUACCUCUGCUUGACCACCCGAAGCAAUAAGAGCAACCUGCGUUACAAGGCUCACUUGGAGCGGCUGCUGGACGACCUGGAACGGCAAAGGUUGUGCGAAAAGGUGGCGGUGCAAGAGGUCGCGGACUGGGAGAAAGCAACCUCCGAGGAAGAAUCUCUCGAGGGCUCCGACUCCAUCCCCGGCACGGUCUACCUGUACCGAAAGCCUGCAGGUACAAGCAAAGGCUAAAAAUUAAGUCUUUUCUCUGCUGAUUGGGGCCCUCUUGCAGCAGACAUCGGUGGCGGCUGAGUUCCAAAACCUAAACCAAGAGGUGGUUUUGCACCUGUGAAGCAGUAAUAAAGCAGAAAAGAACCUUC